AUGACUAGUGAGUGCGUUACCGUAAAGGUGAAACUAGGCGGUGCAGCAUUGCCUGCCCACGAUUUGAUGCAACUGGAAAGGAGGCUUAUCGGAGCGCGUUCCCUUAUGCAAGCGACGGAGAAAACUUUGAAGGAGACGGUGGUAGUGGUGUCACCAAACCUCAGAAAGGAUGGUGAUGAACGCAGGGACCACAUUCUUAAUGAUGGAAUGGUGAGUAAGCAUACGCAACUUUCUUGGUAUAUUGUCGAAGACGUUCUUGCUGUGUACUACAGGCUCUCAACUCUCAUAGAGGAGGAAGAGCGACAAGCGCGAAUCCGUGUUGAACGAUUUCACUCAAGCACUAUCAAUCAAAUGCGUCGAAGACACAAUGCAGACCACCUCAGUAGCGCUAAGUGUGUCUAUGAGCGAUCCUGCGUUGAAGAGGAUGCCCACUGGGCUUUGAAGCUUGUGGCGCAGGAACAUUCAGAUUACCUCUUCUCCAUCAAGAUAUUAGAAGAGGAUGAGCGUCAGGACAUUGCACGCCGUGUGGGGCUACCGAUGCAAAAUUCAACCCCGUUGCUGGGCUGGUCGCGCACACCUAACACUGUGUGGCAGCAGCCAGAACUCGCACCCUGGUGGGAUCAUUUAGAGGGGCCAGCUGGUUAUUUCUGGGGCGUAUCACCGAGUGGCGGCGUGGAAAUGCCUCAGUGGAGUCAUGUACACUGGGGAGACAAUCCAGCCAGUGGGGGUUUCCAGUGUGUACCUGGUGAGUGGUGCCACCGCAGUAAUCUUCAGUAG